CGGGGUAACUGUCUAGCGAGGCACCACUGUACCUUGAUGCAAUCCUGGACCGGAGAGUGUCUGUGCAUUUCUGCAGGUACAGGCUAGUCAAAUCCUAGGAUUAAGUCCACACAUGACUGAACAGCAAGGUGAUCACUUACAAGAGAUUUGCUACAGGGGCGUAUUGGUGAGCUUCAUUUGCUCAAGCUGUUUAAAAUCGAGCGAAUGAUCGGAUUGCUACUUCCGGCAGGCACUCAGGGCAUGAGUGAAAUCAGGAGAACAGGUGGAUCCUUGUCUUUUGCUAUCCUUGCUACACCGAGAGGCGCUUUCUUCAAAAUGACAGUUGUCCAAACAUGCUGUUUUCCUGGCUUGAACCCACUUUGGGAUUAAGAAAACUACGGAAGCAAAUGCUUUAAAUCCAGAUUAAGUUUAACUGAAUGCGGCCAAAACCCCCGCCGGGAAAGGAAGAACAUGCAUGCCAAGAAACAGGGACACAAGAUAAAAAGAUUCAUCCCAACAACACAACUAACUCUGAGAUUUUGGCAUAGCAUGUUUCACCUCCUUUCGUACUGUUGGUCUUGGCUUCAGGCAAUCCGAGAGCCAAUCAGAAAAGUGACCAUCCUGGUUCUUGGGCUAGACGGAGCAGGAAAAAGUUCCCUUAUAAAAGAAAUCCAGAGAGUUCUCUCCUGUGAGGUGCUCCCUACCACAAAGCCCAACCAGACUGAGCUUCGAGUGGACAGGUUUGAGGUGUCUCUCGUUGACGUGGAUGGAGGGCAACGAGCCUGGAAGGACCACUAUAGCACAGCUCAUGGGAUUAUCUUUGUGCUCGACUCUGGAGAUGGGGCCCGGAUGGAAGAGGCCAAGAAGACCCUUUCUCGGGUUCUGGGACACUCGAAAGUGUCAGGAAAACCUCUGUUACUGCUGGCCAACAAACAGGACAAAGUGGAUGCCCCCUUGCCUUGCGAAAUCAUCGAGUGCCUGUCUUUGGAGAAGCUGGCGAACGAAAACAAAUCGCUGUGUCGGAUUGAGCCUUGUUCGGCUACCAAGAGACUCCCCAAAAUCCAGUGCUGGACCAUUGUUCAAGGGCUUCACUGGCUUCUGCGCACCAUUGCCAACAACUAUGUUGCCCUGUGUGGACGCAUCCAGGAGGACAACCCAGAGCAAGAAGGGUCACUCAGGGAGGAGGUGUCCAGGAAAGCACAGAAAUCCCGGAACAGGAGGACACAGGAAGCCAGGGAAUCACUUUCCAGAAGGGAGAUCAGACGAGGAGGACAUACGAAGGUGGAGGAGGAAAGCCAACCUUCCAAUCCCUCUGAGAAUAUGGUCUCACAGAAAGAGGAAAAAUCAACGGCACCCAAGAAAAGGAAGGGGAAAGCCAAGGCCAAGGUGAAGAAGAAAAGUUUGGUGCCGCCUGAGAAUGCCGUAGUUGACCCUGACAACGGCACAACGGCAGCAGCAGGUAGGAGCAAAGUGGGAGCCAUCACAGGCCUCUUCCAAAGCAACAAGGUUGCCCAAGAGAACCCCAGAGCUCUGGAAACAUCUCUGCCCCCGCCAGGACAGCAAACAAAGAAGAAAAAUAAGAUAUUGAAGAAUAAAAUACAAAGCCAGGAAGCAUUCCAGACACAACAGAAUGAGACAGUUUCGGGAACAUUUGAUUUGUAUCGGAGAGCUAUGAUGGCUCUCAAAAUGAAGCAGCAGGAGGGGCGGAAGCCACAGCCGGUAACCACUCCCUGAUCAGCUACCUCUGAAUCAAGAGCAGAACCGAGGCGAAGAGGCACAGCGCCAUCAAGAGGGAGGAUCUGGCUCCGAGGGGCUCCAAGUGUCUCUUCCUACAGAAGAUGUCCAUCACUGGGAAGAUGUUCAAGUGAAGCUGGUGGUCAGUCUGAAAAAGGGGCCCUUUGCGUAUGAAAGACCAGCUUCAGGUGGGGAAGUUCCACUUCUGUGAAACCUCUCCUGCCUCGAUCUCAGGAGCAUUUUCAGAGACAGCCUUUGAGAAAGAAGGAGAAGAAAGGAGCACGGCUUUAGAUCUGAGAUUCUCUCGUAACAGAGAUUGAAAAAGGCCGUUGUCGUCUUCGUUUUGAUGACAAGCCCCAGGAUUCCCCUCAGCUUGGCUCCUGGCUCUGAUCCGUCGGCAUCCCCUUAGCAACACCAUCUCCACCUUGUGCCCACUUGUACCUCAGCGGGAGUUGUUAUGAGUCUGGGAUUUUAAUCUCACCACACUAUUAAACUGUGCACAAUUUCCAGAAGUAGCAUAAUAAUU